UAAAAAAAAAAAAAAAAAAAAAAAAAAAAAAAAAAAAAAAAAGACAAUCUUUAUGCUCGGUCUGUCGGAAAGGAACACCUCCUGAUCUGAUCUUAGAAAAUUAAAUAAAUAAAAAAAAGUGUCAAAUUACAGUGCGGCCGUGUAUAUGUUGGGCUGGGUCUCAUUCCUUGUCCAUUUCCCUCCAGACACAGAGUAGGAAAGCAAUAUAUACGUGAGAGACAACAAUUACUAGUAACAGGAAAUGGAAAUGAAGACGAAGAAAGACGAGUCGGUGAUUCUUGUUAAUGGAAUUCAAAGCCGAACACGAUUUGGUUCAUCAUUAUUCGUAUUAUUGUCGCUGUUGUUAUUGUUAAAUGCGGCGAAAGUUGCCAAUGCAUCGAAUUCAGCUUCUGCUUUUGUACAGAACCUCAUCAACUCUCAGAGGAUUGUCAUCUUCUCCAAAUCUUACUGCCCGUAUUGCUUCCGUGCCAAGCGCAUAUUCAGUGAACUACAUGAGAAGGCUUAUGUUGUUGAACUAGAUCUUCGAGAUGAUGGAGCUCAGAUUCAGUAUGUUCUUCUUGAUCUUGUCGGGAGACGCACUGUUCCUCAAGUAUUUGUGAAUGGAAAGCAUAUUGGUGGAUCUGAUGAUCUCAAAGAUGCUGUCCAGAGUGGCAAAUUGCUGGAACUUCUGGCUGAAAAUUGAUGGGUGGAUUGGAAAGUUGAGAAACAAUUGCUUCUGAGCCAAAGCUGCUUCUGGUAUUAGUGAACAAUAUGGAUGCUUUAGUAUAUGUUGAGAAUAUAUUGUUUUAGCUUCAUAGCAUCGACAAGUGUUUAUAUAGAGUGUUAAGAGUUUAUCAGUUUCAAAAUCCGUAGUGCAGGUCAAAGAGUAGUAAGGUUUUAUCAUGUAAUCGCAUGUUGAUCUGAAUUAGAGGACCUUUCUUUUUUGCAAUUAAAAUUCAUUAGUGGUGAUACUGUGUUUUACAUGCA